AUGUCAACGCAAACUGCUCCGGUCAUCCCUCCACGACCGGCUCGAUCUCCACGACCGACAUCGUCGUUAGAAAUGCCCAAGAUACCGCCACGCCCCGGCAACCGCCGCAAUGAUCGUUCGGUUUCGCCCAUGCGUGAUAGCUAUGCGCCUUCCCCAUUCAAUGAAUGGACCGGUCCUAAUAUGAGUCGCACCGUUUCGAAUGAUCUGCCUCCACGUCCCCCCAGCGUCACGAUACCAUCUCUUGGCGAGGAGGGUAUUGAAUAUGCGGAUCUUGAUCCAGGAAACAUGUCGGAUGGCCGACACCAGACACCCGCUGAGACUCGCAACGUUAGCAGUGAUCUUAAGAUCCAUGCACCGAGACCUUCAUUACCGACAUCAAGUGCUGAAGCAAAAGUCCAGACUGUCACCCGUACUGAUUCCCGGCAGGCUGCCGCAGCCGGACUGGGCCGUGGCGUUUCGCCUGCUCGAGAGGAACAGGAACGCUCAAGUCGUUCGUUAAAUUCCCGAACCAGCGGCUCGCGCGCCGAAUCCUCAACUGCAUCCAAUGAGCGUCGGCACUCUGCCCUCCUCGGAGAGGAACAGGGGUUCCGCGUGCCCAUGUACCCCAAUGCCGGUGACGUCCAGGCACCAUCCCCCAGCCCAUACCUCGAACAAGGCUUGCAGCGGUCGAGUCGUAACCACAACCGCACUCGUAGCGCUCGGGACUCCUCCCUGCCCCCUGGUAGCUACGGUUUGCACGGACAUGGUAUCCAGCAUCCCGAUAAGUUUGAGAAGGCUUGGUAUGAAAAACAUCCCGAUGAAUUCGUGAAGGAAGAAGGACAGUAUGGCCCUGGUGUCGGAACUCCACGUCCUGAUUGGGCAAUGAGUAGCGAUGAUCUGAACAAGAUUGUUCGAAGCUCAGCCCAUACCAGUUCCGGUAUUGGUACUUCCCCAACCGUUGUGGGCACUCCCGAAGAGGAAGUCGGGUACAUAGCGUCCGACGAGUACAUACAUCUCAUUGCUUCUCCCCCUCCUGACGCUCGAAUCGAAAGCCAGCCAGCUGUUGAGUCGCCACUUCGACAGAUGAGCUUCCCUUCAGAAGCUACGCAGACGAAACCCACCGCAAACCUGCGUCACCGUAGAUCCAGUUCGCACAGUCAACGUGAGGGUGGCGUGAUCCAUGUGGAUGAUCCGAUGCAUCCUUUGCACCACCCAGACGGAUUUGCCCCGACCCCGGCGACAGAAGAGAAUGAGUCGACAUAUGAGAAUGCCGUGGAGGAUGAUGAGCCAAUUUUGGCUGCUGAUGAAGUGCGCCCUGAGUCGGCGUACUUACAUCCCGCUGUCUCGCCGACAUUUGAUCGUCGGGCAAGUUUUGAGGAUGAAGGCCGCAGUCGCACUCCUAGUGUCACGCACAGUCGUUCCAACAGUCGAUCAGCAAGCGCGCAAGGCCAAUUCCCGGCGCUGACCCGCUAUGACUCGCGUGAGGAUGCGCAUACACCGCUUGAAGACGUCGAGGAGUAUGAACCGUUGUUCCCUGAAGAGGAUGCUAAGAAAGAGUCAGCUGCGGAUCGCUUCAAGAAAAGGCCUGAUACACUCAAGCAUAGAUUCCCUAGCCAGGAUAUCUGGGAGGACACUCCGAACAGUCUGCAGCUUCAGGCUACCGUCACGACCCCAGAUCUACCUAAGCGCGACUCUUCCGAAAUUUUCGAAACACCCGAGCAAGAGGUCUCACGCAAGAUGCAGAACACGAAACUCGACUCACAUCAGGUGGCUUCCCAUAUCCUUGAAGGCGAGAGUGUCAGAGAAAAGGCUCCCGUGCGACCAGACACUUUCAAACAGCGUUUCCCUAGUAGAGAUAUUUGGGAAGAUGCUCCCGAUAGUCACCAGCUGGUGACCACAGUUGAGCCCGCCAAAGAAGAAUUGAAAAGUCCAGAAGUACCUUCCAGGCCUGGAAUUCCCCCACGCCCGCAGCGACACGCUCAGUCUACCUCACCGAGCGAAAAGCGCCAACCACCAUCAAUCCCAGACAGACCCAAGCCCCAGGUCCCUACUCGUCCCGCUAAGCCCAGUUCCCAGACACCAGCAAGCACUGCUGAAGCCCCGAGAAGCGCCCCUGCAGUCAAGGCUAAGCCCGCAAUCCCCGUUCGUCCCGGUGGAAGCAAGAUCGCAGCCAUGAAGGCGGGCUUCCUCACUGAUCUGAAUUCACGUCUGCAGCUGGGUCCACAACAGCCCAAGCCUCAACAAAAGGAGCCCGAGCCGCCUGCUGAGAAGCAGCCUCUGAGCGAUGCUCGCAAGGGAAGAGCCCGUGGCCCAGCACGACGAAAGCCAGCCGAGAAAACUACAUCAAGACUCCCCACUAUUCCAGAGAUCAAGAUCACAGAAUCUUUGAAUAUUUGGCAAGUCGGCGAGGAUGGCAACCUGGUUGUUGGGACUAGUGACAACGAGGAGAAGCCUCCUGUUGCUCCCGUUGCAGUGGAAGAACCAUCGGUGCCUGCUGAACCUGAACAGUCAAUGGCCCCUCCAAUCGCCAAGAAUACUGCCGGUGAAUCUGUGGACCCAACACCUGGAUUACCCGUUGCUGAGGACGUGACCUCUACCAAAACCACAACAGCAGAUGUUCAGCCUGUACAGACCCCAGCAGAGAUCUCGGAACCAGCUGAGACGUCCCCGGUAGCAACCGAGUCUGCUGACAAGCAUGAGGAGAAAGACGACGUGAUCGUGACAAAGCCCUCUGAGCCUGUUUCUGAGCCUGUUUCUGAGCCCGCACCCGUUACUGCGGCGAUGGCUGAAUCCGUCUCGGCUCCCGCUAAACUGGAAGAUGCCCUGGAAGACCUGGCUGCGUCAGCUGCUGAUGUCAAGAGAAAGUCUGAUGGUAACAUUCAACCUGAACAGUAG